CGUAUUUAACGAGGCCAAAAGCGCGUUGGAGUUCCCGGCCGAGCAACAGAGCAACACACACACUCACACGCGCUCACACGCGCUCAGAGACAGAGCCAGAAAGGCAGCGGCGCGCGGGCUGCACUUGUGCAAUCACCACCAACAACACCAACAGCACCAUCACCACCAUCAUCAUCAUCAUCAUCAACAUCAUCAUCAUCAUCAUCAUCAUGAACACAGGGAACCAAUGCAGAACUUAGAGCUUCAUCUCCAGCAGCAGAAACACUGCCGCGCGCGACUCAGACUCAGCGAGCAGAUGGAACACGCACGCGCCUGAACUGAACUUGGAUAACGCGGGAUCGCGAGGGGAAUCUUUUUAUUCCUUAUAUUUUUAGUUUUUUUUUUUUUGUCCGUUUUCCUUUCUUCCUCUUCCUCUUCUUCUUCUUCGGCGAGAUCAUCGGCUGGGUGGAUAAGCUCGUAAUAAACCUGCGCGCGGGGCUUUUGAUGCCUUUACAAAGUGAAGCCAGCCGUGUGCUAUGACAGGCAAACUGGCCGAGAAGCUCCCUCUUACCAUGAGCAGUCUAAUGAACUCCAUCCCCGAAAGCCUUUAUCCUGAGGAAGACAACAUCCCCACCUCUAUGAACGUGUUCACCAGCGCGGAGCCCGCGGCGCACUACUCACACAUGAACACAGAUAAUAUCAUGGACUUGGGGAUGGGAGGUGAGAAGAACAGUGGGGAGAUCCAGUACGGCUCCAGUAGUUUCCAGUCAAGUCGGAGUGGACAGACUGUCACUUACUUGGGCAAGUUUGCCUUCGACACCCCUCCUUCGGGGGGCAUCAGCGGCUCAGGUUGGUGCCCAGACAACAACAUCAUCAGCCUGGUGAGUGCCGGAAUCCUAGGCGUCUCACCAUCACCUGGCAACAUCACCACCCAGACGUCCUCGUCGGGUGGCAGCAUGGGCGGCCAAUCGUCGGACAUUGAGCAAGUGUAUGCCCCGCCCCUUCCCGCCUACUCCACCUGUGGCGAAAUGUACCAGGAGCAGGUGUCCUUUCACCACAGCCCAGCCACCUCAUCCUCCCUGCCCUAUCCAGCCUCUGACUACCACAGUACCUCCUCCAAGCCCAGCAUGGACGGCAGCCUCUUCUCCAUGAUCCCUGAUUACAACCUGUUCCACCACCAGGGUGAAGUUGGGGUGAUGGAACACAAGCCCUUCCAGGCCAUGGAUCCCAUCCGGGUGAAUCCGCCACCCAUAACACCCUUGGAGACCAUCCGGGCAUUCAAGGACAAACAACAAAUCCACCCAGGCUUCCUGGGUGGCCAGCAGCAGCACGCGUCCCAGCACCACCACCACCAGCCCCCUCAGACCCUCGCCCUCAAGCCCAUCCGGCCACGCAAGUACCCCAACCGGCCGAGCAAGACGCCGGUCCACGAGCGGCCACACGCCUGCCCGGCCGAAAACUGUGACCGGCGAUUCUCACGCUCUGAUGAGCUCACGCGCCACUUGCGCAUCCACACGGGCCACAAGCCCUUUCAGUGCCGCAUCUGCAUGCGCUCCUUCAGCCGGAGUGACCACCUGACCACGCACAUCCGUACACACACUGGGGAAAAGCCCUUCUCUUGUGAGUUCUGCGGACGUAAGUUCGCCCGCAGCGAUGAACGCAAGAGGCACGCCAAGGUGCACCUCAAGCAGAAGGACAAGAAACCAGCAGACAAGGCUGGUGGUGCUGGGCCAGCAGGCAGCCACUCGUCCCCACCAAGUUCCUGUGGGAGCGCCGGACCCAGCAGUGCCAGUAUCCUGACUGUUACCACGUGCGCCUAGGGAACUCUCUGCAGUUAGAUACAAUGGGAAUGGGGGGAGGAGGACACUGAGCUCUUUGCUUUCUUCUAAAAGGCCUGGCAAUUGACUCUUACACUCUCUCCCCACUCUCCAUGUAUCAUUUUUUUUUUUUUGUUACGGUCUUCGAUGUUUGUAGUCAGAUGGCAUAGUCAUGUUGCCCCGCACCUUUUUGCUUUAGGUCAGGCUGGUGAGUCUACAGGGAGGAAGACUCACUAGUGUUUUAUGGCAGGGAGAAUAGCGCACUGGGGCAGCAGCUGGAGGGACAGGGACAGUUUAGGUCAUCCCAGGACAAAACAGAGGCACUUCUUUGAGAUAAGCAUUACAGGCUCAGGGAGUCCUACUUCCGGCUCCGGGGACCUACAUGAUCCCCUGAUAUUUCAGUCUGGGCCAAAUUAGUCUUUUUUACAGUAUGGUAUAAAAUACAAGGUGAGAUACACUUGGCGUCUGAGUUUUAUUUGUUUUUUUUUGUUGUUUUUUUUUUUACAGUGUAUUUUGGUUUGUCAUUAACUUGUCCAAUUUUUAAAAGUGCAAUUUAAUUUACUCAAUGUUGUUAAUACCUUCUUUGCGCUGCACUUUGGUUCCUGUUGUUUGUUCUAAAAACUGCUCGUUAAAUAUUUAAUUGAUGAUAUUUUUUCAUACGAAUGUGCCAAAUCCGUUGACAUACUACAGCCAACUUAUUUUUGUUGUUGUUCUUGCCAGCGUACCAGGGAUUAUAGUGAAGCUACUGGAACGAUCUGUUUCAGAUAUCGAUCUGAAGGGAAAACCUCUAAGCCCAGAACCUUACAGUACUGAAAGGCUCAGUGAGUUCAAGCUUCAAGUGGGUGUUUCUUGCGUAAUUAGACCGCAUUAUCUUAAUAUCUCAAAAUCCCUUCAGUACAAUUAAAGGAUCUGGAUGCCUUUUGUAAACAGCAACAGAUUGCCUGUACAAAACCAAA